GUCAUUUGAUGUAACCGAGUUUCCCUUCUCUGCGUAACCCCCUCGUCCCCAGUCUUAGCAAUUCACCAAUUCGCAGAGUCCUUGUGUCAAAUAUCGACAUACGAAUUUUGCUGAAACUCAAAACCCUAGCAGUAGGUUUUCAAUUCGUUGCCAGGGUUUCUAACAAGCGAAUCCUCUAAGCCCUUCAAUGGAGGACGAAGAAGAACAUAAAUAUCUCUCCGUCGCCGAGCUUUCCGUUGAACCCCCACACGACUCUGGAACAUCAAUAGACGUGGGCACAGAACAAGCCGAGCUCCUUAUAAUGGACCCCCAUUGUGAGGGACAGUUGGUGAUGGAUUCGAAAAAGUCUACAAUCGGAGACGAAAGCCAGCAACAACAACCACUGAAAAUAUCAUCACCGCCUCCGCCAUCUUCCCCAGCGUUGGUGGAGGAAGCGGCUAUGGAUAGAGGAGGAGAUCAGGAUAUAGUAACAGGAGAGGGUGAACCCCUUAUGGAUAAUGAGGAACGGAUAAUCGAUGGAGGUGAAGGCGACUUACCGCCAGUGUCACCUCCGUUGGCACCUUCAACAUCAGCGACGUUUUUGCCUGGGAAAAUCGGAGAUGACGAUUUGAAGCUAGACCAAGAUAAAAACGGUGUAGACACACAGGAGCCACUGAAUAUACCAUUGGCUUGUGGAGAGGAAGGUAGGGAUUUGGUUGCCGAAAAGGAGAGCAAGGGGGCUUUGAAUAGCGUCCUUUCACCACCAUUGCCACGGCCUUCCCUGCCAGAUGUUAGUCAAGAAGAAAACCAUGGGGAUACGAGUGCUGGAGAUGCGAGUCACGAAGAGAAGGUUGUGAUCGAGUGUGAGACAGAGGCUGCUUUCGCGCUGGUUAAAAAUGAGGAGGCAGAGGUGAAGCAGGCUGACAUGGUGGAGGGAAUAGAUAAUAUGCUGCAGGUACCGGAGAGAAGGGAGGGGCUAGUGGGGACUGAAGUGGCAGAGGAAUCUAAAAUUGCUGAGAUGCAGAUAACUGAAAUGAUGGAUACAACAGACAAGAGUGAAACUACUACUGCUGGGAUGGAGGCAUCUGGGAAUAAACAGAUGGGUGAAAUGAUGGAGGUUGCAGAAAAGACUGUAGCAACAGCUGUUGGAGCUGAGGAAUCUGUGAAUGAAGAGGUAAAGAUUCCUGAAACGAACGAGGCAGAACAGGUUACUGAACCUACAGGUGCUGAGGAAUGUGCGAAUGAAGAUGUGAAGAUUCCUGAAAUGGAUGAGGCGGAACAGGUAGCCGAACCUAUGACUGAGAUGGCCAAAGGAAUUGAGAAUGCAGGGAUGCAAGGGGCUGAAAUUAUGGAUGAGGCAGAGGAGUCUGAAGCCAUGGCUGAUAUGACAGAGGACACUGAGAUGGCUGACAUGGUAGAGGAGGAGGGAAUGCCGGGAGAGUCAGAGAUGACUGAUAUGGCAGAGAAGAUAGAGGGGAUAGCGCAAAUCGAGAUGACUGAAAUGACAUCAGAAAUUGAGAAAAGUGAGGACACAGACUUGGCUGAAGUGGAGGAAAGCAGCAGAAGCUUUGGUGGUAAGAAGAAACGGGGGAAGAAUGCUAAAGUGGCUUCUCGUGUUCCUACAAGGAAGAAAAUGGAGGAAGAUGUCUGCUUCAUUUGCUUUGAUGGAGGUGCUCUGGUGCUUUGUGAUCGCAGGGGUUGCCCUAAAGCCUAUCACACUUCAUGCGUCAAUAGAGAUGAGGCAUUUUUUCGAGCUAAGGGUCGAUGGAAUUGUGGCUGGCAUCUCUGUAGCAAUUGUGAGAAGAAUGCCCAUUAUAUGUGUUAUACAUGUACAUUUUCCUUGUGCAAGGGGUGUAUUAAGGAUGCAGUCAUCUUUUGUGUUAGGGGCAACAAAGGCUUGUGUGAGACAUGCAUGAAGACGGUCAUGUUGAUUGAAAGAAAUGAACAAGGAAACAAGGAGCUGGGUCAAGUCAAUUUUGAUGACAAAACUAGUUGGGAGUAUCUUUUCAAGGAUUACUGGGUUGGUCUGAAAGAAAGAUUUUCUAUCACUGCCGAGGAACUUGCACAGGCUAAAAAUCCAUGGAGAGGCUCUGAUCUACGUGCUGGUAGACAAGGAUCUCCUGAUGAAGUUUAUGCUGCUCACAAUGAUGGAGGAUCAGGAUCUGAAGGUUCUUCUGGAAAAGCCGAAACAGCUAUUAUUAAAAAGAGACAAACGAGAAAACGCUUGAGAUCUCAUGCCAAGGUUGUUGUUUCAUCUAGCAUAGCAACUGGAACUGGAAUUGAAGUUUCCUUUACUGAUGAUGGUGCUGAGUGGGCAUCAAAUGGACUCUUGGAGUUUGUUAUGCACAUGAGAAAUGGUGACAGAUCUGUUUUAUCUCAGUUUGAUGUACAGGAGCUCUUGCUUGAAUACAUAAAAAGAAACAAACUUCGCGAUCCUCGCCGUAAAAGUCAAAUAGUUUGUGAUUCAAGGCUUGAAAAUCUCUUUGGGAAGCCACGUGUUGGGCAUUUUGAAAUGCUCAAGCUUCUUGAAUCUCACUUUUUCAUGAAAGAAAAUUCUCAAGCUGAUGAUUUUCAAGAGAGUGUGGUUGAUAAUGAAGCUAGUCAACUAGAUGCUGAGGGGAACUCCGAUGCCCUUACAAAGGUGGGAAAAGAUAAGAGGCGAAAAUCUCGCAGAAAGGGUGAUGAGAGGGGACUUCAAUCCAAUCUGGAUGAUUACGCAGCUAUUGACAUGCAUAACAUCAGUUUAUUAUUCUUGCGUCGUUCUUUGGUGGAGGAUCUAAUUGAAGACAAUGGGACAUUCCAGGAUAAAGUUGUUGGUUCUUUUGUGAGAAUAAGAAUAUCUGGUAGUGCACAAAAGCAAGAUUUGUAUAGGCUUGUUCAAGUUGUUGGUACAAACAAAGCUGCCAAGCCUUAUAAAGUUGGGAAAAGGACGACAGAUUUCCGGCUUGAAAUAUUAAAUUUAAACAAGGCUGAGGUCAUAUCAAUUGACAUAAUCUCAAAUCAGGAGUUCACAGAGGAUGAAUGCAAGCGGUUGCGUCAAAGCAUAAAAUGCGGACUUAUCAACCGGCUGACUGUGGGAGACAUCCAGGAAAAGGCCAGGGCAUUACAGGCUGCCAGAGUUAAAGAUUGGUUGGAAACAGAGACUCUACGCCUUAGUCAUCUUCGUGAUCGAGCUAGUGAUAUGGGACACAGAAAGGAGCUUAGAGAAUGUGUUGAGAAAUUGCAGCUUUUAAAGACGCCUGAGGAGCGUCAGCGAAGACUAGAAAAAGUUCCAGAAAUACAUGUUGACCCGCAUAUGGAUCCAAGUUAUGAGUCUGAAGAAGAUGAAGGCGAAGCAGAUGAUCAGAGAAAAGAAAACCAUGUGAGAGCCAGAGGAAGCGACUACAGCAUGAGAGGGAGGGAACCUGUUUCUCCUCGCAAAGGUGGUUUUGCUUCAAAUGAUUCCUGGAGUGGGAUGAAGAAUUAUUCAAGUAUGAACCCUGAAUUAAGCAGAAAUAUGUCAAAUAAAGGUUUUCUCAACAAAGGGGAUGUUGCUGUUGGAGCUGUUGAGACAAUGAAUGAAAAUUUAUGGAGUCAAGGAAGAGAAAAAGAAACAUUACCAUUAAACAGUUGGGAUAAACUGAAAGCUGCUGCAAAUUCAGAAACUGGUGCUAAGAAUAUUCAUUCGGCGAUAUAUGAAACAGUUCCGACAGCUUCAGAUGGUCCAUUUACACAAACCCCCACUACAGUAGCACAAUCUGCUUUGAAAAUCAACGAAACAGAGAAAAUAUGGCAUUACAAAGAUCCAUCUGGAAAAGUCCAAGGACCAUUUUCGAUGGUGCAGCUGAGGAAGUGGAAUAACAAUGGAUAUUUUCCUUCUGACUUGAAAAUAUGGAGAACAAGUGAGAAUCAAGAUGACUCUAUGCUCUUGACUGAUGCAUUGGCAGGAAAAUUUCCAGACCCUCAAUUGGUUGGCAAAAUUUCACCAAGUCCAUUUCUCUCAUCCUCAUAUGCUAGGAGGCCUCAUGGAACAUCCUUGCAGCGAGGAAUUGAAGUCCAAGUCAGUGAAAGUUUGAACUAUGGUCCAAACCGUGCUAUGCUUACCCCCCAAAGGUUAGUAGGUAAUUCAGCCCAAUCGGCAGGAGAAAGUUGGAAACCUGGACCUGAAAGUACUUAUUCAACAGGCAGGACUUCUUCACCUUCACUUGACAUUCCCAACCAUUCUAUGGAUCAGUGGGGAUCUGGUGCAAACCUCCCGUCACCUACUCCAGCCAAAACUAUCAUAGGUGAGGCUAAAGGGCAAGGUAAUGAAGACAAUUGGUCACCAACUCCAGAACAGCCUGCUGGUUCUCUAUCAGGAAUCAGCACCUUCCUCGGGGGCCGCAUGGAGCAGCAGCAUCCUACAGUAGUUUUUGCUGAGGCAGCUCAGUUUACAAAUUCUUCUAGUCCAUCUCUAUCAACAAAAAUGAGUGGUGGGAUAGAUGCUGCUAAUGCUUCUUACCAAGGGGGCGCAGUGCCCAAGUUGGAAAUGAUUUCAAGCUCUGGAAAUGCUCCUUUAGGGCAUUCUCAAUCACCUGCGCUAGGUGAAUCAGAGACUGUACAGCUUGAUCGCCAUCUGGUUUCAGCUCUUGAUUCAGUUGGUGCUUCCUUGAAUUCAGCUGCGGGUACAAAAAACUUGGGACAACCUUCUGGAAUUCAGGCUCCUUUCAUUGGAACUCAUGGUUGGGGUUCUAGUUUAGUUUCAAAGCCAGACAUGGUGAAUUCAGACCCGAUGCCUGGGGGUGGAUCUCAAGCCUGGGGAAGUGUUCUGCCACAGAAGGUAGAGCCAAAUAAUGCAAUUCCUAUUCCUGCUCAUUCUACUGCUUAUGGUAACUGGAGUGGCACUACUUCUGUUCAUAACUCUGCUUCAUCCUUCAGCGUGGGAAAUCCCACUAUGGCUUCCCCUUCACCUGCCUUGUCAGUUAUGCCAUCAUCUGAUCCCUGGAGACUGCCAAAUCCUGGUCAAUCUAAUACUCAACCUGCCAUUGCAUCUAGCAUACCUUGGGGCACCAGUAACCAAAAUGCUGCACCAAGACAAGGCCCAGAAAGUCAGAGUAUUGGUUGGGGCACUAUGCCAGGAAAUCCCAACAUUGGCUAUGGAGGAACAGUGCCUCCAAAUGGAAAUCCUGGUUGGGUUGCUUCUGGUCAAGCACCGGCAUUUGGAAACGCAAAUCAAGGUUGGACUGCACCUGUGCAAGGGCAGACACCUGUAAACGCGAAUCAAGGUUGGGCAGCUCCUGUUCAGAUGCAAGCAUCCGCAAAUGCAGUUAUGGGAUGGAUUCCUACUGGUCAAGGGCCUGUGCAGGUAAACACAAAUCAGGGUUGGGUUGCACCUCCUCGCGGACCAGCACCUGCUAAUUCAAAUCCGAACUGGCCAUCCCCAACUGCGAAUCAAGGGAUGUGGGAAAAUGAACAUAAUCACAAUGCAGACAGGUUCUCGAACCAAAGAGACGGGGGAUCUCAGGGAGGAGAUUUUUCUUACGGAGGGAAUAAGCCAUGGAAUAGGCAGUCAUCGUUCGGCAGUGGAGGUCCUUCCAGUCAUUCCUUUAGAGGACAGAGAGUAUGCAAAUUCCAUGAGAAUGGGCAUUGCAAGAAAGGAUCUUCAUGUGACUAUUUGCAUAAUUGAGCAGUUAAUCUGUACAGCAGUUCUGUUUUAAAGUUGCCUUGUAGAGAAAAGCUUCAUUAUCCAUCUCCCUUCCUAUUACUCACUAUUUAGUUUAUUUUUAUCCUGUUAACAUAUUUAUGAAAGAAUUAUAUCAGGAAAUGAUAGAUGAAGUUUUGGAAGUUGACCUAU